AUGAGAUUUCUUUGGUUGAUUCCAGCGGUUUUAGCUCUCAAAGGGCCACAGUCUAUCGACGAGCUGGUCGCAAUGGCGUUUAAGAAUGGAGAGGCCCCCCCGUUUGUGCCAUUGCCCGGCAACGCAAUAAUUUCCAUUGCAUCAAAUGAUACGGCGAGUUUGAAAUUGAACCAAUUAGAAAUUCAGCCGUAUCCAUUGAAGCCAGGCAUUGUCGACUUUUCGUUCCAGCAUUCUCUAACAAAGUCAAUUCCACCGGGAUCCAAACUGUUAUUGAGCUCCUGGACAGGCACAGACAAGACGUUCGAGGGAAGCGUUGACUUGUGUGCGUAUUUGCCGUAUGCCCAACUUCCGUGUCCUAUUGCUCCAUACAAAGCCAUGACCGAUAUGCUGCAACGUCUACAGGUGCCCAAUGAAGUGAAGACGGAACGGGUUUCUUUUGUCGGCAAAGCCGUCACAGCCAACGAUGAGCUGAUUGCCCAUUUCGCUGCCAUUAUAGAUUUACACAGCUCGAGUCAUGAUGAGCUUUGA